AUGAUGGGUUAUGUUGCCAUGUCCAAGCAGUCGUUCGUUCCGGUCGAUUCGAAGCCUUCUGAAGUGAAAGCCAUGUUUCGGAUGGCGCAGUCGGUGGCCUCAGCGGAGAUGGAAGUAGAGACUGAAGAUGUUUCUAUGGAACCUGAAGCUAUGAACUUGCCUUUGAACCCGAAUGAUAGUCCAGAAUGGGUUUUGUUAGAUUCAGGAGCUUCUUCACACGUGUUGUUUUCGCAGUUUGUUGCAGCACAUGAGUCAUGGAUAGUGUACACCACAUCACAGAUGGCCAUGUUUUCGACAGCAGAUGGGUCCAAAGUUAAGCUGACUAAAGUCAUUGGCGUUGCCAUCAGGUGUGCAGUGGAUUUUGGUUGA